ACCGACCAUAGCAGCCAGAGAGUAACGACAGCUUCACAGAUUCCACACUUGUGCCGUGCUGCGGGACCAGCGCGGCUUGCGCGGGCCGUGUAUACUGUACAGUACAAACUCGCCUGCUAUUGUACACCAAGGGAAGAACAACGCUGCUGGAAAUGGUAGGGGCAUCAGCAUCAGUAACAUCUGCCGACGUGAGUGGCGGGGAGUGGCGGCGAGUGGCGAUGCUCCAGCCCGAGCCUCUGCGUCCGCGCGCAGCCGUGUCGUCUCUGCCGCACCUCCUCCCUAAACUCCUCCGCCUCUUUUUGCGUCAGCCUAACUUUGAAAGAUCCUGAGAGGCGGAGGAGUGCGCCGCUUCAUUACGCUCAAGCUGGCCAGCCAACAGCGGCGACUGAGAGUGUUUAGGAGGCUUGCUUACACCGCCUGCAGCCAACCGAGCGACCUCCUAGUCCCCCAGAGCGAUCACUUUAUUUGCGCGCAGACAGUGGUUUAAAAGCCGUGGUUUGAGACGGCUCAAGACACCCCAUAAGGCGCACGCAGACAGUGGUAUAAAGGUCGUCUUUUGAGGCGUCUCAAAACUCCGCAUAAGGCGCCGCACGCAGACAGCCGCGUCGAAAGUCACAAACCCGGUGUCGAGAAUGGCUGCCUCCAGCGGUGUGCCGUUCAACCCCUUCGACGGAGCGAUCCAAGUCAACGCUGCGAGCCCUCUCUCAGGCGCUCUCCGCUGUCGCCCGCCAGCAGCGCUCGCCUGCUCGCUCUCGCACGGCCUAUCGCUCUCGCUGCUCUCCUCGCUGACUGCCACGUGGCAGCACGGCAGGCACCGCCUCCGAGCCAGCACACUGGACGCAGCUCAGCCGUUGGAUGAGGCGUCGUGGAAGAAGGCCCAAUCCCGACCGCUGUUGGAGCGCUUCCCCCUCAAGGCAGCAGUGACGGCGAGCGGGCUGGCCCUGACAGGCGACACCUUGGCACAGCUGGUGGAGCGGUACCAGCGCACGCGGGCUGCGCCCAGUCGGCUGGAAGCAGCGGCAGAGAAGCACUUAUGGCAGCACGACUUUAUCCGAGGCCUGCGCAUGGCGUCCUAUGGCUUCCUGCUCUAUGGCCCCGGCUGCCAUGCCUGGUACCAGUGGCUGGACCGCCUGCUGCCUGCUCCCACGCUCACCAAUUUCUCCCUCAAGGUGCUCGCGAAUCAGGUGGUGGUGGGGCCGACUGUGCUGCUGGUGGUGUUUGCGUGGAACAUGGCGUGGAUGGGCAAGGCAAGGGACAUUCCAGACAAGUACAGGAGAGACUUCUUCCCCUCGCUGGUACAGGGCUACAAGUUCUGGGUGCCUGCCACGUGCCUCAACUUUGCAGUUGUUCCAUUAGAGGCGCGUGUGGCAUUCAUGUCAUGCUGCGCAAUUUUCUGGAAUUUCCAUCUUUCGUCUUCGCUUGGCAAGGAGGCUGCUCGCCCCACACCCAUAGUCCCUCCAGCCCCUGCUCCUGCUCCUGCUGCCACUGUUGGCGUGGCUACUGCUGUUACGGCUGCUGGUUACCACAUGUUGCCCUCACCAUCCGUGUAGUUUGUAACCAUGAUGGUGGGCAUGCUUGGCAACGGUGGGUAAAUAAAGGGGCUUGUAAAUAACGGGGUCGCACACAGGAUACACCCUCGGUUGUGGUGCUGACAUGUCAUUGGUUGCCCAUAUACCGUAAUAGACACAUUUUCUACGAGUAACGACUAGGUAAAAAUAAACCUAGGAAUGUAAAAGACGUAUAAUGUAGGUGCCGGU